AUGUUAUUGAGCGCUGUUAAGACAUAUAUGAGAUUAAUAUUGGCACCUAAAGGGAAUGUUGUAGGGAUAGAAGCGACUGAUAGUUGUGGAUGUGUUAAAUGGUUGCAGCGCGCUGCUACGUUCAGCGCAUGUCUGAUGCCUACCACCUGUGGCUUCCCGAAUUGUAAAUUUCGAUCCCGCUAUCGCGGCCAAGAAGAUAAUCGACAUUUCUAUCGAAUACCCAAACGACCACAGGUGUUGCGGCAACGUUGGUUACUUGCAAUUGGACGAACCGAGGACACUGUUGUUUCACAGGUCAGGAUGCCCCGUUGUAUUGCUUCCUGUAUAUAUGUAACUCCCCGCUUGAACAAAGAGCAUGCAGAAAUGCAUAUUCAUGCUUGUAAUUUUGCAUGUUUUAUUUUUAUACUUGCAUGA